AUGGACUCCGCCCAUCUGCGUCGCAAGGACACCACCAAGGGGCCGCCGCUGCGCAUCCUCUCCCUCGAUGGCGGUGGUGUUCGUGGCUACUCCAUGCUCAUUCUCCUCCAGGAACUCAUGUAUCGCACCUACGUCGAAUGUGAAGGAAAGCCGCCUCGACGCGACCAGAUCCCCAAGCCGUGCGACCACUUCGACUUGAUCGCGGGGACUGGCACGGGCGGGUUGAUCGCUCUCAUGCUCGGUCGCCUCCGGCUGGAUCUGGAGACGUGUAAAGAGGUCUAUGUGCGCAUGACUCGCCGCGUGUUUGAAACAGAUAAGACCAUCGCCGGUAUUCCGUAUCGCUCGACACUGUUCAAGGCCUCGAAACUCGAAGAGGCGAUUCGCGAAUGUGUGCGGGAACACACCGUGUUCGAGGCGGAGGGCAAUGAUACCGGGAAUGCGAAUGCGAAUGCCCGCGAUUCCAUCGCCAGCCUUCCUUACAGCCCGAAUUCUGUUCCGCAACGAUCGAUCAGCCGUGGUAGUUUUAGUACCUCUGCUGCUUCACAUCCGAUGACGCCAUCCAGCCAAAGAGGGUCCGCUUUCAUCAACGGGCUGCGCUGGGGGAAUCCAGAUGCGCUACUAUACGACAACCGCGAGUACCGGACAAAGACUGCUGUGACAGCGCUUUACAAAGGUACACCGCGCAAAGGGUCCGCCGUGCUUCUGCGAUCCUAUGAUUCCCGCCGAGAACCGCCACCGGAAUUCGAUUGUACCGUGUGGCAGGCAGGACGUGCAACCUCGGCAACAGGGCUUGCAUUCAAACCGAUCCAGAUUGGUCAGCAUGUCUUCAUCGAUGAAGGCCCCGGUACCUACAACCCUGCGCCGCAGAUUCUCGAUGAAGCAAUUGUGAACGAGUGGCCAGGCCGCGAAGUAGGCGUAUUCAUCAGUGUGGGAACUGGAAAGCGACCUGCUGGGACCAAUAACCGACAGCAUGAAUGGUGGGAGGACUUUUUCGGUGACGCACUGGGCACAUUCGCCGAAGCGCGGCGCCGACUCAUCAGCAAGAUCGAGGGUUGUGAGGACAUCCACAACGACAUGCUCCGAGACCGUUUGGCCAAACGCAACGUUAGCAAAGAUAAUUACUUCCGUCUGAACGUGGAAGUCGGAGUUGGCGAGUUCGGCAUGAACGAAUGGAACCGACUGGCCGACAUCAGCACCAACACUCGACAGUACCUUGCCAAACCCGAGGUCAAGAAAAUGAUCUUGGAAGCCGGUGUCCGUUUCGCCAAGAUCGAGCGCAUGAACAGACGUCUUGCCAUUCACGCCGCAGCCGGCGGCGAGCGCGACGACCUCUCGUUCGACCUCGAAACCGAGGAACUCACCCUCUCCUCUCCCCCUCAAUCCCACAUCCCCCCUCCCGCCAACUUCGCCGUCGAGCUGCCCGCAGAACUCCCGGGGGACCCAAUCGACUUUGCGCACCAACCCGCCCAACCCCCUGUCCCCACCAGUGUCACCAUCUCACCUCCCAAUGACUCUCUCCCCGCCCACGCCUCUCCCGUGGAAAACUUCCCCACCUCACCCACCUGGCAAACAGGAGGUGACUACCGCCGCAGCUACGAGCACGGUCGUCCAGGAAACUCCAACCAGCCCACGUCUCCACACCGAAGCGAGGACCAUUUCUCCACCUUCCACGGCAUGGCUCCUCCUGUUCCUCCCAAAACCCCCAUCCCCUAUCCCACCGAGGACGACAUGCCCGCCCCGCUCUUCUCCCAGGCCCCUGGCAAUGUCCGUCCUCCGUACCCGGUCGAUGAGCCACCGCCCAUCGUGAACCGGCAGCGCAAGCCGAGCUUCCACAUCCGAGGCUGA